AUGAAGCGUUUCAAACAGAAAAAUGUACUUCAAAAAAUAGUCGUACGAGCCAAAGGCAAGGUUCCCUAUUGUUAUUACCAGCAUUUAAUCAAAUUUAAUCAUAUAGAUGAGCCUUUGAAAGAAACGAUUUCCAUCAAUGCACGUGCAAGUUGUGACGUAACAAACUACAAAAAUAUGCGGGAAAUUCAAAUACCAAAUGCCUGA